AUGGCGGCUUCCUGCAUCUUCUGCAAGAUCAUCAAGGGUGAAAUCCCCUCCCUCAAGCUCUUCGAGUCCGACAAGACUCUCGCCUUCCUCGAUAUCAUGCCCCUCAGUCGUGGCCACUCGCUGAUCAUUCCGAAACACCACGGUGCCAAGCUCACAGAUAUACCCGACGACCAACUCACAGAGAUCUUGCAAGUCACAAAGGCUAUUGCGAAGGCGACUGGCGCAGAAAACUACAACAUCUUGCAAAACAAUGGCAGGCUUGCUCAUCAGCAGGUGGACCACGUGCACUUCCAUAUGAUACCGAAACCAAACGAGGAGGAAGGCUUGGGCAUUGGCUGGCCGAUGACGAAGCCCGACCAGGCGCAGCUUAAGGAGCUGCUCGAGGAGCUGAAGGCGAAAAUGUGA